GCCAUACUGUAUAUAAAAUCUUCGGAGGGUUUAUAGACGCGCGACAUAAACCUGGGGUAUCUUUAUCAAGAUUCAAAAAGAGAAAAGAAACGGAAGAAGAAACCAACCGCUACCAUGCUCCUUUGUCCCAAUGUCCAACACCGCCGCUUCCCAUCGUCAUCAGCCAUUAACAAUACUCUUCUUCCUCCUUUGCCAAAUCGCUCACCUCCCAAAAAAGACCAAAAACGCCGUUUCAUGAUAUACACAAACACCUCCUCAACCCCAUCAUAAAUCAUCCUCCAAAAACUUCCUCAUCAACAAAUUAAACCUCGUAUCCCUGCCCCGCACCACCUCGGGCGUCAACUCCCUCAAAUACCUCUCCCAGGCCAUCUGACUCCAGGCAUGAUACGCCAGCUGGUUCGUAAACAAGCUGCCGCCAUGCCUCUCAAUCUCGCCCUCCCAGUACUUUGCCUUUUCCUUGUCCAACCUCUCAUGCAUCCAGUCAAUAUGCCUCCACGUCCAUGUCGGCCAGAAAAACGCAUCGGGCGCCAGGGCGCAAACCUCGCUUGGGUGCUCCUCGGCGAGCUCCUUUGGCAGAAUCACAGAGUGGUAAUUCCAUUCCUUGGAGAGGUCGGUGUUGUUAUAGGAUUCUAGCCACCUGGUGAGGAAAGUCGAGUUGGGCCGGGCGGCGAUGACGGCGUUGCAGAGACCCCAGCGGUUUCCGCCUUCUGCGCCGAGGAUUACAUCGUGAGGCGAGGGGUUGGCGAGGAUGUGGUCAAAGGGACGGAGGGCAAAGGCGUCGAUGUCGAGGUAGAUGCCUCCGUCUGUCAGGAGGGCUUUGAGGCGCAAUGUGUCCGAGACGUGAGCGUAGUGGUCGGAUGAGGAGGUGGGUGGGUGGUGGAUUAACGUGAUGUCUUUUGACAACCGACGAAUCCAAGGAUUGGUUAAUGGGUCGGCGUUGGGGUCCGGCGAGGGUGGUUCGGAGAGAAUCGUCGGUGGUAUGGUGGUUGUGACGGUGUUCAAACGAGGAAGACUGGCCGUUGAGGCAUGCCAGCUCGGCUUCGGUCGGGACGAAGGCUUGCUCGAUCCAUUUCUGACCCGAAAAUGGGUUCGUCUGUCUCACAUGGUCCCCGAAUCGGUAGAGGUAGGGCGCGGAUAUGUAGAUGACUAUGCAGCCGUAGACGAUAGCGACGAGACGGUAGGCAUUGCGCGACACGAUCAUCUUCUCGGUUUUUGGAUCGCGUCGUCGAUGUCAAAGGUCGUCGAGUGA